AUUGACAGUAAUCCAGUUUUUGUUUUGCUUUGUUGUUUGAGGUUAUUUUAGUUUUAAUAAAAAUAAUAAUUAUACCUACCUAAAGGAGAGAUAUAAAGUAAAUGAGUUGCAAGUACAUAUUGGUCUAAGUAAAAUUUAUUUCUGAAGCAAUGUCUAGUAAGCCGAAUUCUAAACGAACUAUUUAUGUGGGCGGCUUGGCCGAAGAGGUGGACGAAAAAGUUUUGAAUGCGGCUUUUGUACCCUUCGGUGACUUGGUAGAUGUACAAAUUCCUCUAGAUUAUGAGACUGAAAAACAUAGGGGCUUCGCGUUUAUAGAAUUUGAAAACGCUGAAGAUGCUGCAGCCGCAAUAGAUAAUAUGAAUGACUCCGAGUUGUUUGGCAGGACAAUAAGAGUGAAUAUAGCGGCACCUCAACGUAUCAAAGAAGGCUCCACGCGGCCUGUGUGGUCAGAUGAUGCAUGGUUACAGAAACACGCUGGGGAAACAUUACCAAUUAAUAAAGAUAAUGAAGAAAACGGCUCUCAGGAGACAGAAACAGAAAAAGCUGCUAUUCCAGCGAAACCAGCAGAGAAGAGAAACCCACAAGUGUACUUUGAUAUAAGUGUCGGCAAACAAGAGAUCGGCAGGAUAAUUAUGAUGUUGAGAGCGGAUGUGGUACCUAAAACUGCAGAGAACUUCAAAGCCCUAUGUACACAUGAGAAAGGGUUUGGCUAUCAGGGUAGCAGUUUUCAUAGGAUUAUUCCAGAUUUUAUGUGUCAAGGUGGUGACUUCACAAACAAUAAUGGGACAGGUGGGAAGUCAAUAUAUGGCCGCAAGUUCGAUGAUGAGAACUUCACUUUGAAACACACAGGCCCAGGAAUACUCAGCAUGGCUAAUUCUGGACCCAAUACCAAUGGAUCGCAGUUCUUUUUGUGUACAGCUAAGACUGACUGGUUGGACAACAAGCAUGUUGUUUUUGGUCACGUGAUCUCAGGACUCGACGUUUUGAAGAAGAUGGAGCGGUACGGCAGCAAAAGCGGUACGGUCUCAGCCAAAGUUAUCAUUAGCAAUUGUGGUGAAUUACAAUGAUCUAAG